AUGUUCGUAGAAACAUUUAGUUUGCUGUCGCGUCCGCGGCUGCGCGUGUACUGCCAAAGCCCUCGUCGUCCUGUGCAGCCGGGGCUCUCCAGCGUGGCCCCGGCGCGAACGCUGAACGGAGUGUUGAGGCGGCUUGUGGCAUCCUUGGCAGCGUCUCCUGAAGAAAAAGAGCCUGGUGAGAACGGUCCGCGUAACAGUGGGGACUCUUCUGGAGAAAUGGCGGUCAUCAGCCGAAAAAAGUGGCCUCGAGACAAUCGCGACAAACUGCCUUUUGAUGUUUACGUCACGACGCCUCCGCCGUACUACCUCGGGCAGUUCAAGCUCGAUCCUCGUGUCCAUAACGGAGAUAUUCUCGAGUUCCAGAAUCAUGCCUACGUGAUUAAGCGAACGCGGCUGCAUUACUAUUAUCGGAACGGUGAGUUCCGCGUCGGUCGAAAGUCCGUAGACGUGAACACAGUUGCGCGUUCUCACAUUAACAGUUUCCUUGACCGCAUAUAUUCCCGUUCGAACGUUCACCGAUCUCCGUAG